ACUCUUGCACAAAAGUUUAGAGUACUAUGCAUGGCUGCAUACAGGAUUUUAGUUAAUUUGUUCCCACGUCAUUCUAUUCAUCGCGGGAACUCAUUCUGCUAUGAGUGGACUUAAGUUGGCCCAUCUCGCGCUUUUUGGUGUUGGCGUGGCAGCAGGUGCUGCUGUCACUUCUGCAAUCGCCAGAAAGCCGCAUGCUCCCAACGUUCCUUCCAAGGAUGUGGCAUCGCCUCCACCCCCAGCAAUCAAGAGUGAAAAUCUGAAGUUCGGGGUCCCCGGUUUGUGCUUGCAGCAUUUGAGGCCCUCGCGUGACUCUCAUUCCCUCGUUAUUUUCGGUACGGAUAGGGCCAAUAUUUGAUUUAAUUGAGCGAAAGGUGUAUGUUGCUGGGUACGACCGAAGAUUGAGGCAUCCUGCUUGGGUAAGUUGCUCAUUACGGCGUUUUUGGGGUAUGCAGCAGUUCUAAUUAGGCGAAGACUGCUGAGCGACUGACAGCUGCAUCGCUUGGGCGAGGCAAAUCAUACU